AUGAGGAGAACAACUCCUGUAGCCAUUACUACGGCAUGCAGAACAGCUAGUCUUGUAUGCAGCAAGACAUUUCAUAAAGAUUAUGUAGUGAGAGGCCGUGCAGAAACUGAUGCGAACUUAAUCUGUCGUGGGUUUCACCUUCAACCUCAGUGUCGUCAGAUCCACGCCUGCACAUAUAAGUAUGAAAGGUUUCAUGCGAAAUACAAUAAGUGUUCACAACAUACUUUGGGACGAAUGUUUUCUUCUUCCAACAUUCAUUGCUACAGCACAAAACCUGCUGAUGUGAACCCUUUAUUAAAACAUUUACAAAGGCGAAUAAAAAUGGCAGGGCCCAUAACGGUUGCAGACUAUAUGAAGGAAGUUCUUACAAAUUCUGUCUCAGGCUACUACAUGAACAGAGAUGUGUUUGGUGCCGCAGGUGACUUCAUCACAUCACCAGAAAUCAGUCAGAUGUUUGGAGAGGUUUUUGGUGUAUGGGUGGUUAACGAAUGGCUGAAUCACUAUGACAACCAGCAGAUACAGAUUGUUGAGCUAGGACCUGGGCGGGGAACGCUGGCAGACGACAUGCUCAGAGUUUUCUCACAGUUUCCUGCUAUAAAAGAUAAAAUCAGCGUCCACCUGGUGGAAGUGAGUCCAGCACUGAGCCGCAUGCAGGCUGCUAAAGUGACUGGCAGAGACAUCUCAGACAUUGACGACAAAUUUGUGGACACCGCUGAACUAAGGGCGGAGCCAUACCAACAGUUACCAUCUAAAUAUGGACCCCUGGUGUCAUGGUACAGAAGUUUGGCAGAUGUGCCUCAUGGGCUUUCAUGUUACGUAGCUCAUGAAUUCCUGGAUGCACUCCCAAUUCACAAGUUUCAUAAAACAGAACAUGGCUGGAGAGAGGUUUUAGUGGACGUCGACGCUGCUAAUGAUUCACUCAGGUUUGUGUUAGCUCCAGGACCAACUCCAGCUAGUGUCGCCUACUUAAAAAGUGUUCAGAGCAGUGAGAAAACCAAUGUGGAAAUUUGCCCCAGUGCAGGGUUGAUAGUGCAGGAAAUCUGCCAGCGAAUCGGGCAACAUGGCGGACUGUCUUUACUGGCAGACUACGGGCAUACUGGAGAAAAAGGAGGCACUUUUCGGGCAUUCAAGAACCAUGCUCUCCAUGACCCCCUGGUUGACCCUGGCACUGCUGACCUUACUGCAGAUGUAGACUUUUCUUAUCUCAAAAACAUGGUUUCCGACAAUGAUGGUGUGAGUGUUUUCGGCCCCAUUACUCAAGCCAGGUUUCUCAGCAACAUGGGCAUAGGACUACGAUUACAGACCUUGCUACAGAAUGCCAGCCAAGACCAUUGGUCCGACCUGGUGUCUGGCUAUAAAAUGCUGACUUCUCCAGAACAGAUGGGAGAGCGGUUCAAGUUUAUGAGUAUCCUGCCCAAGUUACGUGAUGCUUACGUUCCAGCCGGUUUUGUUGAUCUUGACUUCAAUGUAGUCUCAGAUAGGCAAAGCAAAUAA